AUGACUGAAAAAGCCAAGCCUGGUACCCCCUCUGCAGUUUCAAAUGGGCCCAGAAACAUCAUCAUUGAACCAACAAACAACCAUCUCGAGGAAGACCCUAUUACUGUUACUUCUGCCGUAUCACCUUUAUUUUUGAAUAAAAGUACAAAAAAGGCUAUGGAAUCCAUUGCUCCUAUUUUAGAAGGAUUCAGUCCCAAGACUUCUGCAAGUGAAAAUACUUCUUUGAAAUUACCUCCAGCUGGAACACCAACAACAUCAGAAUGUAUGGACGAUAUAGAUGUAGAUACAACUUUACAAAGAACAUUGAGUACAUCAUCUCAAAAGGAUUCUUCUUUUAUCGAAUCUAAUCCAAAUUCAUUAUCUCCUUCAGAACUAUUGAAUUUACUCGAUACUAAGAAUCAAAAUGAUCAACCGGGGAAAUUAGAUUCUAUACUAGACCAAACAGAGAGCAAUAACAACGAGAUUGCUGUGAUCGACUCCAAUGAACCGAUAUCCACACUAUCCCCUCAUUCAAAACCUACGACCACAACCGAGAACGCAGCAACAUCUGUAUCAUCCACUUCAUCAUCAAGGAAAUCCUCCACCACACAAUUGAAAAAACCUUCAUUACCCAAAAUUGGUAAAAUUGGUGUAUGCGCUAUGGACGCCAAAGUCCUCUCCAAACCGAUGCGUCAUAUCUUAAAUCGUCUCAUUGAAAAUGAUGAAUUCGAUACAAUAAUCUUCGGUGACAAAGUUAUCCUUGAUGAAACCAUUGAAAAUUGGCCCACCUGUGAUUUCCUCAUUUCAUUCUUUUCCGCAGGGUUCCCCUUAAAUAAAGCUAUCAAUUAUGUCAAAUUAAGGAAACCUUUCAUUAUUAACGAUUUGCUUAUGCAGAAAGUUUUAUGGGAUAGAAGAUUAUGUUUACAAAUCUUGCAAAAUUCAAAAGUGCCUACCCCUGCAAGAUUGGAGAUUAGUAGAGAUGGUGGACCAAGAGCAGAUAAGGAACUUAGAGCGAAAUUAGCUGAAAUGGGGGUCGAUAUCAAACCUGUUAAGGAACCCGAUUGGGAAAUGAUAGAUGAGGAUACGUUGAGAGUCGAUGAUAAGAUUAUGAAAAAACCAUUCGUGGAGAAACCUGUGGAUGGUGAAGAUCAUAAUAUUUAUAUUUAUUAUCAUUCUAAAAAUGGUGGUGGUGGUCGUAGAUUGUUUCGUAAAGUUGGAAAUAAAUCUUCAGAAUUUGAUCCUAAUUUGUCAACACCACGAUUGGAAGGUUCGUAUAUUUAUGAAGAGUUUAUGGAUACAGAUAAUUUUGAGGAUGUUAAGGCAUAUACCAUUGGUGAAACUUUUUGUCAUGCUGAAACUAGGAAAUCUCCCGUCGUAGAUGGGAUUGUUAGAAGAAAUACUCAUGGGAAAGAGGUUAGAUAUGUGACAGAAUUAUCUAAAGAGGAACAAGAUAUUGCUAGACGUGUCUGUACAGCGUUCCAACAAAUGAUUUGUGGGUUUGAUUUAUUAAGAGUCGCGGGGAAAAGUUAUGUUAUUGAUGUCAAUGGAUUCUCAUUCGUUAAAGAUAAUCAAGUUUAUUAUGAUUCAUGUGCAAGAAUCUUGAGGGAAACUUUUAUUCAAGCUAAAAAGAAGAUGGAUAUUGAGAAAAGGAAUUUACCUGUUAUUAGAGAGGAGAAAAGUCAAAAAUGGGUAUUUAAAGGUCUUGUUACGAUUAUUAGACAUGCUGAUAGAACUCCAAAGCAAAAAUUUAAACAUUCAUUCACUUCACCAAUUUUUAUAUCCUUGUUAAAGGGCCAUAAAGAAGAAGUUGUCAUUAGAAAUAUUAAUGAUUUGAAAAUUGUUUUACAAGCUUUACAAAUUGCCAUCGAGGAAAAAGCUGAAGACAUUACGAAAUUAAAGAUUUUAUCUAAUGCAUUAGAGAAAAAACUAAAUUUCCCCGGAACCAAAAUUCAAUUAAAACCAGUUAUGAAUGGUGAGAAUGAAGUCAUCAAAGUUCAAUUUAUUUUGAAAUGGGGUGGUGAACCAACUCAUUCUGCCUUGUACCAGGCGACAGAAUUAGGUGAACAAAUGAGACAAGAUUUUGAUUUAUUAAAUAAAAGUAUCUUGCAAAAUAUUACCAUCUUUUCCUCAUCUGAAAGAAGAGUUCUUUUAUCAGCUCAAUUUUGGGCAAUGGCAUUAUUUGGUGCAGAUGAAUUGGGGAAUGAUGAAAUUCGUAUACGGAAAGAUUUAUUAGAUGAUAGUAAUGCUGCGAAAGAUUUAAUGGAUAAAGUUAAAAAGCAAUUGAAACCAUUAUUAAGAGAAGGUAAAAAGGCACCAGAUCAAUUUGCAUGGCCAGGUAAGAUGCCAGAACCAUAUUUAGUUAUUAAACGUGUUGUUGAAUUGAUGAAUUAUCAUAAAAAGAUUAUGGAUCAUAAUUUUGCUACGAAAAAUGUUUCAGAGAUGCAAACACGUUGGUGUUGUGGUGAAGAUCCAAGUUUAUUUAAAGAAAGAUGGGAUAAAUUAUUUAAAGAAUUUGUUACUGUUGAAAAAGCUGAUCCAUCAAAGAUAUCUGAAUUAUAUGAUACAAUGAAAUAUGAUGCCCUACAUAAUAGACAAUUUUUGGAAAAUAUAUUUGAUCCUGGCGAAUCGAAUGAAUUAAUAGGAGAAGAAAUGAGUAAAAGAUCAUUGGUGGAUCGUUAUCCGUAUCAAUAUUUAGCCAAAAAUAAUUUCAAAAUUAUUGAUAGUCAUAGUCACAAUAGUUCAGGAACUAAUCUUCAUAAUGGUAGUAGUUCUAAUUCUAGUAAGAAUUUGAAUAGUGUUGGAUCACUUGGAUGGGUAUUAGAAAGUAGUAAAACUACAAGGACAAAUUCUGAAUCUUCAUCAUCAUCACCAUUUGAUGACCCAAAAUUCAUGCAAUUAAGAGAAUUAUAUAAGUUGGCUAAAGUAUUAUUUGAUUUCAUUUGCCCCAAGGAAUAUGGUAUUCAAGAUUCUGAAAAAUUAGAUAUUGGGUUACUUACUUCGUUACCAUUAGCGAAACAAAUAUUGAAUGAUAUUAAUGAUAUGAAAAAUAGAGAAUCACCUGCAUGCGUUUCAUAUUUUACAAAGGAAUCACAUAUCUAUACCUUAUUGAAUAUUAUUUAUGAAUCAGGGAUUCCAAUGAGAAUUGCAAGGAAUGCAUUACCUGAACUUGAUUAUUUAUCUCAAAUAAAUUUUGAAUUAUAUGAAAGUACAGAUAGUAAUGGGCAAAGAGCACAUUCUAUAAGGCUGAAAAUGUCACCAGGUUGUCAUACACAAGAUCCAUUAGAUGUUCAAUUAGAUGAUAGACAUUAUAUCAGUUGUAUUCCUAAGAUUUCAUUAACUAAACAUCUUGAUAUGGAUUAUUUCCAACAAAAAUUAAGAAAUAAAUUUACUAGAGUUAGAAUGCCAUCCAAAUUUACACCGGUCAAUAUUACCAGUCCAAAUUUAAGUUUCCGUAAGGAAGAUUUCAUAAAUAAGAAGAAGACAAAGAGUAAGAGUAAGCCUAGAAUGAAAUCUAAGUUUAGUUUAAGUUCAUCAACAGCCAGUAUUGCAUCGUCGUCAUCAAGUGUACCGAAUUCUAACAGAGAAACUCCUGGUCUUGAUAUGGGAUCAUCAUCAUGUUCAGAAUCUGCAGACGGUACCCCAGUACCAUGGUCUAUCGAGAAGGAAAACGAAUAA